AUGUAUCCGUUAACUCGUUUUCUGUGCGGUUGGGUCGUGUUAUUCCAACCAGUGGCUCAGGCCAUCUGGAACCCCAUCAUUAGUGGUUGGAAUCCAGAUCCUGCGAUCCUGACCGUGGGCGACGAUUACUACAUCGCCACUUCCUCUUUCGAGUACUGGCCCGGUAUUCCCAUCUACCAUAGCAAGGACCUAUCCAAUUGGACGAUCAAGUCUCAUGCUUUGACAAGGCCAGAGCAGCUGCAGCUCUAUGGGACGCCCACUGGAGCAGGGGCCUGGGCGCCAAGUCUCUCUUUUAUCGAUGGCAAGUUCUGGCUGUCAGCAAUGACCCGUUGGACCUAUGAUCCCGUGGCCCGUGUAUGGCCUCGUGUCUGGUUCAUUUCCUCGGAAGACCUCGUUAACUGGUCUGACCCUGUCUGGGCCGAGCCAUGGGGCAUCGACCCUGAGCUUUUCCAGGACCCUGUGACCAAGAAGACCUACCUCAACCUCAUGGCCCCCAACAACAACAAAGAUCGACUCUGGGGUAUCUCCCAGUGCGAGGUAUCUCUGGCAUCUGGAAAUUGCGUAGGACCCUAUGUUAGUCUUUGGAACGGGACCUUGCCACAUAAUUCGACAGCCAGACCCGAAGGACCCAAGAUGUAUUACAAGGAUGAGUGGUAUUAUCUCCUGAUCGCUGAAGGCGGUACGGAUCAGCUACAUCGAUCGACCAUCGCAAGAAGCAAGACUCCCUCUGGUCCAUUUGUUGCCGGGCCACACAACCCUCUGCUAUACAAUGGUCAAUGGGGUUUUGACAAUCUCACCGUCCAGUCCACUGGACAUGCUACCCUGACAAAGACAAAUGACGGACUAUGGUAUGCGACGUUCUUAGCUCGCCGCAACAUCAACGGAUCAUCUCCUCUCGGCCGAGAGACCUUCAUGGUCAAUAUUGACUGGAAGGAUGAGUGGCCAGUCUUCAAUCAAGGCGAUCCUGUUCUGCUCAGCAAGCAAAUAAAGCCAGAGGUUGGUCCACGACAGGUUCCUCGACAAUGGGUCGACGACUUUUCUCGUACUAACCUCGACCCAUCAUGGUAUCAAUUUCGAGUACCGUAUACCAAGAAUUACAAGUUAGAGAAAGGUAAAUUGGUGCUGAAACCUAACGUCUUCGGUCUCAGUGACCGCGAUACCCCAGCGGCGUUGUUACGCAAGCAGAAGUCGCUCAACAUGACGUUCUCAGCCGAACUCUCCAGCUUCAAGGGGGAUCUGGGCCCAAGAAACAGGAUCGGGAUUUCUUCAUACCUUUCCGAGUUUCAGCAUCAAGAUAUCGGUGUUCGAGGAUGUGUUAAUGCUACCGGUAUUUGCAUCUACACUGAGCUCAACAAGAAUGGCACCCAGGAGUAUUGGCAAACUCCACUCAACCAAACGAGCGGUCUUGCUGGUGGUUUCAGGCUACACAUCAAGGCUGAACCCCUCAAAUACCGGCUAGGUUACAGUUUCGGAAAGGAGGCCCCUGUUUACGUGACGUCAAUCGCGUCGUCCUGGCAAGCUUUUGCUCCGCCAAACUGGUUUGUGUUUUCGGGCGCAUCUUGGGCGAUAUUUGCAACUGGGGAUGGAGAGCCCUGGCCUCACAAUGGACCCCAAGUUGGAUUCAACGAGGUCAGGGAGACUUUUCACAAGGAGAACAUUCCUAAUUACGAUCGAUGGUGA